UUUAAAACAUUCAGUAUUUAGUAUUUUACUAUUUUCAAACAUGACUUGUUUGGAUUUCCAUUCCUUAUUGUUCCAUCAAAAUUCUCUAUUUACAGUGACCAAACAGUUAAACAGUUAGGAAAUUGAUAUGUAGCGCCAAWUCACGUUAAAUUAUUUGCGACUUCGGUGACUAGUCCCUGCGAGUGAGUCUGUGUCUAUUUAUUAUCAAUUAUCAAAAUAUCAAUCGCCAUUCGUCAGAAUCAUAAGAUGACGUUAUGAUCACAGGACUAAGAUAUCUAGGCAGUACAUUAAACUGAAAUAUUAUUUUAUCAAUUGUCCUGUAACUGUAAGAAACAAAACUGUAGUAAAUAUGGCUGACACUAGAUUUAACGAUGCAGUUACAAAACUAAAUACACCUUUCGAUGUGUUUAAAUUGGAUUGUAGGAAUAUGAUAUCAAAUGCUGAAGCAUUUAAAUUACGUGAGGCAUUACUAACAAUGACAUUUAAAAAAAAAUCAUGUGAUCUAUAUUCGUUUUCUCAAUCGCCGGAUUUCAUUCGCUCUACAAAACUUAAAAAACCUAAGGAAGUGGAACAGUUUUUAGUUUUGCUAAAAAUAAUAAAGCAAAAUAUAGCUGCUUACUUAGGAAAAACGUUUAAUAAUACAAUUAGUGCAUCUUGUUCUAAAUAUGACCAUGGAGAUUACUUACUUUGUCAUGAUGAUCGUGUUGACGAUAGGUCUGUAGCAUUCAUUUACUAUUUAAAUUAUGAUUGGCUUCCUGAAUGGGGUGGCACAUUAGAUAUUUAUUCGGUUGACGAUCAGAAUUGUGCCACAGAAAUCGUAGAAAAUAUUAAUCCAGAAUUCAAUUCCAUGAUUUUUUUCCCAGUUGAAAAAUAUACAUAUCACCAGGUGGCCGAAAAUGUAUCUACCUUUGCUCGUAUUUCCAUUAAUGGUUGGUUCCACUGUGAUGAACUCUCUUGGGAAAUGUSUAAUCAGCCAGUCAAGUUUCAUUCUCCAAUGUUUACACCACAUUCAGUUUCUUUCCUUAGGUGUGAUAAAGUUACCAAAAAAUGCAUCGAAUCAAUAUUUGAAAAACCAUUAUUUAGAGAAGCUAUUAAAGAAACAUUCAAAAAAGAUGGKUUCAUAAUGUGCGAGGGAUUCUUCACACGUAAGAUGGUAGACUAUUUAUCCAAUGAAAUAUUUUCCAAUGGCAUGAAUUGGAAAAUCAGAGGACCUUUAAACAAAAGGCAUUACAAAUAUGUAGAUUUAAAAGAUUUGCCAGGCUCAGUUUUAUCUGUUGUUAAUUUGUUAAAAACUCAACGCAUGUUUCAAUUUUUUAAAGACUGCACAGGUCUGGAAUUUCUUGCUGUAAAUAUUGAAGUGCAAAGAUGGCAUGGUGGACACUAUAUGGUAUCAGGUGGAAACGAUGGACUAGACGGUUUUAAUGUAUUAAGUGUCUAUUUAUUUUUUAGUCAAUGUUUUGGUACAAUGUCUGAUGCCAAUAAAGAUGAUCUACAUUAUGUAUUUGAAAUCAAAAAUACAUUAACACCGAAAUUUGCAUGUAAGCMUCAGCACAAUACUAUUUUUAUGGUAAAUCGAGAUUCAAAUAUGGAUUCAUAUGUUAAGUAUUGUAAAAUAGUUGAUGGUCAUGCGUGGACUGUAGUUGUUGCUAAUUAUGUGAUUAAAAAAGAUUUUGAAUGUAAAAUAGUACUAUAGAACAAAGACUCAGAGAUAGAUUAAUUUUUGUUUUAUUUUGUUUUUUAAUGUUGACCUWACCACAUUUAUUAAACAAUUAUUUUCCUAUUGCA